AUGUCUCUUGCUAAGAUAUUUUCGGUGACUUCGCGAGUUCGAGCAAUCAAUAGCAGUAGCUCUGUUCUUCGUCAUGCUCAGUAUAGUACACCAAGUGAGGGAAAACCUGAAAAAGUCUACCCAAUAGAAGUACCUGGAUAUAAAUAUGUGAAUGCAGAGGAUCCAGAUAUGAGCUUUAAGGCUAUGACAGAUAGAGCGGCCCAGACAAUGUUCUGGACGGAGUUGAUCAGAGGUUUUGCUGUUACUUUUGCUCAUAUUUUCAAAGAGCCUGCAACUAUUAAUUAUCCAUUUGAGAAAGGGCCCCUUUCUCCCAGGUUUAGGGGUGAACAUGCUCUUAGACGUUAUCCUUCUGGAGAAGAGAGAUGCAUUGCUUGUAAACUAUGUGAAGCUAUUUGUCCUGCACAGGCAAUCACUAUUGAAGCAGAAGAGCGUGCCGAUGGCUCUCGGCGAACAACGCGAUAUGAUAUUGACAUGACCAAGUGUAUCUACUGUGGAUUCUGUCAGGAAGCGUGUCCCGUAGACGCAAUUGUUGAAGGUCCGAACUUUGAGUUCUCAACUGAAACUCACGAAGAACUUCUCUACAAUAAGGAAAAGUUACUAACGAACGGUGAUAAAUGGGAGAGCGAGAUAGCCUCUAAUAUUAAAGCUGAUCAUCUUUACCGUUAA